AUGCCCUGUGCUUGGUGUAAGCUGCUUUUUGACCAUGGCAAGAUCUUGGCUGUGGAUAUUGACAAUGAUGACCUCAAGGUCUUGGAGGUCCCUCAUCCUGCCUGGAAAAAUCAGAAGGACAAGAAGAAGAAGAGGCCAGAGUAUACUUGUGUCAAUAUCAGCCAUACAUUGCCUUUCUUGCUGGAGAACAUCCCUGCCAACUGGAUGCUUGAUCUGCAGUGGGUGAGGGAUGUCUUGCUGAGGGUUGCCAAUUGGGAUAGAGGCAUAAUACCUCCCUGGCCUCCCUUGAAAUCACUUGUACAACAGGAUCUGUUCAAGGGGGAGGCCCAAAAGGUCCUCUGCCCUCUGGUAGCACUCAUGUUCCCAGAAAUGGACCUCCAGCUCUGGGAGGUCUAUGUAGAGCUUGGCCAGCUCAGGGUGAUAUUGCUCUGGAUGUAUGAAGAAGGUGAUGUCCAUGAAAGUUUGAGGUUUCUUGAUGCCGGCCUGCGUGUGCUGCCAGAUUUGGUGAAGUUUGCCCGCCCAUUUGAGACCAGGGCCAUAGUGGACCAUGAUGAGGGAGUUUGCCUUCUUGUGUGCAUGUUUGUGGGUGGCCAUAAUCUUGUUGCCAUCAAGCAGCAGGGUGGGGAAGAAGAGGCCUUCAGUGUUGAGGAAUGGUCCCUUGUGGGGAGCUUGUUGGUUGGUGGCCAGAUAGAGAGGCUGGUCAGGGAAAGCACCUCAAUACCAGUGGAGAAGAUGCUCUUGCAUGGCAUGGUUGAGAUGGGCCCAUUCAGAUUGGCCCACAGGUUGCCAUCUUGCAGAGCCUUGAGUGAUGAGAGUGUCAUCAGCAGUGUGGGCGACCAUGGAGGUGAGAGUGCCCUUGCAGGCAAGGUCCUUGGUCCUCUUGUUGAGCUCUUGGGUGAUGAGGACCUUGUUGAGCCUCUUGAAGAGGAAGGCCCAGAAGCCAUGCACCAGCCCAUAUCAUCAAACUUGAUCUCCCAUGUAUCCCUUGAAGAACUCUCUGCAGAGCUGCUCAGCUCUAGCGAGCUCUAUCUCCGUCAGCUGUCAGCAAGUGAAGAUCUUGAUGACUGUUGCGAGCUUCAGGUAGUUGGCAGUGAUGUUGGAGUUGAUGUUUGGGUGGUCUGUGGCCUUGAGGAGUAUGGGAGGAAUCUGGUGAAGAUGAGUGUGAGCAGGAAUGAAAGAGGUAGAGGGACUGGCCGUGACUGGUCCAUAUAG